AUGAGCAUAAAUUGUGUCAUGUUGACUCAAGAUGGCAAGGCGCCUGUACCUUUGCCACAGGAAAAGAUGUUCUUUACACAACCAGACGUCAAGCUUAUCUUGGAUUGUAACGAUGAAGCAGGCUAUCCUGGAAACACUGGAGGGCACUAUGAGUCCAGUCGUGGUACUGUCGUCUUGACAAAUCAAAGAAUUGUUUAUCUUGUAGAUAAGCCUACACCAGGUUUUCAAAACUUGAAUGUUCCCAUAUUAAACUUUAAACAAUGGAGACUGGAACAACCUUGGUUUGGGGCAAACUAUGUAGCAGGCACUGUUUUACCUGUUCCAGGAGGUGGAUUAACAAGAGCAAGCCAACUUAAGCUCACUUUUGCAGAAGGAGGUGCCAUUGAAUUUGCGGAUAUUUUGCGUAAUUUAUUGGAAAGGAUGGGAGAAACAAAUGAAAUACCCAGAGAGUAUGAACCAUUACCUGAAUACCCAGCACCACCAGUAGCAUCAUCAUCAGAACAAGAUGGUGAUUUGCCUCCUCCUCCUGCAUAUUCCGCAUAA